GGAACAGGCGGAGCUAACGGGACGUUAUAAAGUCAAGACAUGUUUACCACGCAAGCACACACACGCGAGAGAGAAUGAUUUAACGGGUGGAAUCAGAGCCAGCAGGUCGAGCGAGCUGUCACAUUGAUGGUGGCCGUCCAUCCGCCGCUGCGUCACGGAUUACCUGCAGGACGUUAACUGGUCUCACUGAUCGCGGAGUUUUGGCGCUGUGGACUUUAGACUAACGGAUCUUUAAACAGCCGCUGUCGUUAGAACUAAACGGAUGUCAGUGUGGUGGUUUGAGAUGGGAGAGGGUCUGGGGCCUCUCUCCCCUGUAGGAUGGUAGCCGACAGCACAGUGGAAGGCCAUGACAAGACCCAGUUGUCAAGCUCAUCGUCGUCAUCAUCGGCAUCCUCAUCAUCUUCGCUGUCCUCCUCAUCAUCGCCUCUGUCUUUGCCACCGGCUAGGCCCGAGCUCGCUCUCAGCUCUCACCGCACCGAGUUGGAGCAGCUUCAGCGUCGGGCCGCUCCAGAUCCAAACCCGAGGUCGGCGUCUGUCCCCACUGUGUAUCUGACCCACUUCCCCACGUUCUCCUGCAAGGAGGACUGCAAGAUCAUCACAGACACAGCGGCCAAGCUCGAGCACAGCCCCUUCUACUGGGGUCCUCUGGGAGUGGAGGACGCCCAUCGCAUGCUGCGGGACGCGCCGCUGGGCAGCUUCCUCAUCCGCGAUAGCCGGCAGAAAGACGUCUUCUUCACGCUGUCCUACCACGGCAAGAGCGGCCCGGUCAGCGUGCGCAUUGACUACAAGCGACAAAAGUUCUCACUGGCGGGCAACGAGCGCUCCUUUCCGACACUCUUUGCCCUUUUGGAGCAUUACAUCAACUCUCCCAAGAAGAGCCUGAGCAUUCCGUACAGGAAAUGGAAGCCGACGCUGCAGGAGCUGUGCAGGAAGCGCAUCAUGGAGCUGUGUGGCGGAGGAAGCCGGGUGUCGGAGCUGCCACUCACCCAUGUUGUCCAAGACUUCCUGUUGGAAUUCCCUUACAAACUUUGACCAGCUUGCCAUAUAAAGUUUUGAUAGUAUUAUUUUUCAUUUCAAGAAGGCAGUUUUUACCAAGUAGGAGUAAACAGGAGGAGUAUUUGGUAAAACCAGCCCAUCGUGUGUUGGAGGUUAAGCCUGCAUCGCCGUGGUUACACAUAGAAGCGUCUCCCUGUUUUGAGCUAACUAGCUACAUACUGUUUCACAAGAGACUCUAUGACCACAGUCGAGUACAAGCAGUGUUCAAUGGGCCGGGCCAUGACAUUUUAAAAUACAUUAC